AUGGUUGGCAGACCCUUCGUGCGGCUCCUGGGCGUAGCUACCAACCUGCUGGCGGCCUGGAUAUCGCGAGCGCCGCCGUGUCCUGCGGCGCCUGCUCGUCCUUCUUCGCCGGCGUGCCCGUCGGUGUCGUGCCCCAACCUCUCGAGCGCCGACCGCGACGUGUACGAGGAGCGGUACGGUCAGGGGAACCCAGACAUAGUCGCCGUGGUCUUCAGCCCGACGCGCCAGGCGCUGCAGGGUGUGGACCCGACUCUGCUGUGCAGGUUCAGGCGUGAGCCGAACGCGAGGGAGACGGUCGCUAUCCAGGACGUUCUCGUGCAGGUAGCCGACCAGCUGUACUUGGACCGCGAGCGCGCUGCUGGCAGGCCGCGGACGCUUCCCGCUGGUGGCUCACACCUGGAGUUCGACUUCACCGCAGCCGCCCCUGGACCAGGCGUUCCUGGCGCAGGCCCCGCCGCUCCCGCGCCCGCGGCGGGUGCCGCCGCCAGAGCAGCGCCUGCCGCGCCUCUGGUGAGCGUGGCCGGGGCCGGCGCCGUCGCCGCCCCUGCUGCAGGUCCCCUGGCGGCCGCCGCCGUGCCGGCCGCAGGCGCCCCAGCGGGCGCCGCCGGCGCAGCGCCGCCGGCCGCGGCAGGGGUGGUUGGGCCGCCCGCUGAGCUGGCCCCAGUGUGGGUGCUCAUCGAGAGCACGGGUGGUGGCAGUCGUGGCGAUGUUGUCCAGCUCAACGGGACCGAGCGGAUCGAAGGUGACAUCGGCCUCCUGAAGCUGAACGCAGGCUGGGUUGCCAUCCGUCGGAUCUCGAUGGACCCAUCGGUGUAUCGAUGCGCGGAGAGCGGGGCGGACAUCAGGCUGGUGGACGUGCCACCUCGACCCGACGGCUCCAGGCAGCGACUGGCUUGGCGUGAGGCUGUGCCGAUGAUGGUAGAGAAUCCCAUCCCGGGGUGGCCGCUCGACGGACCUCGGACCAUGCUCUGGCGCGCGCAAUUCAUCGACAGGAGGCGGAACGGCCCCGUGGAGCACUACAACAGCUUCUUUGCCUUCUAUCAUCUCUCGAAGGAGGACUACGAGGUCGCUCAUUAUGAGAUCAUAAUGAAGAUGAUCGAACAUCUCGGGUGCUGGGAUCAGUUGAAUGUUCCCGACUUUGUCGGGGCGGAGCUGGCCACUCGCCAGGCACAGCUGUACGAGUACAUCUACUCCAUGGAGUUCGUGGCGCAGCAGUCGAAGGGCUCCAAGGACGGCGACGAGGGCGACGGCAUGAAGAGGGGCCGAGGUCGGGGAGGAGGGCUCCACCGAUUCGGCAUCGUGGACGAGGCGGCGGUGUUCACAGGGGCGGCCAAGGAGGAUGGCCGUUCCAUGAUAUGCCCGCUGCUGCUGGAGCAUGUCUCCAAACAGCAGAUCUACCUGUACAUGAGGCUUCCGACUCCAGCGCCGACCUUCGCCAACGUGAUCUCUUUCCUUUACCUUACUUUGGCGCUGGAACUUCUCUCCUACUACGUCCUCCCCGCCUUCAAGGUCAGUGCGCAGGCGCCUUGA